UGGCUGAGGUGACGACAUGUGAAGAUGGCGGCGGGUGUUCUCUCGGUGCUGCUACUGCUCCGACUCUCCGCCGGUACUGGACCGUCCUCUCCCGGCUCACAUCCGGACUCUGAACGUGGCAUGUUGGAGCUGCAGCGCGUGCGGAGCCUCGCCGCGCAGCCGCGGUACGGAGAGUGUUGGGCGCGCGCUCUGGAGCACUUGGACACGCGCUGCAGGGAUAUGACGUUAGAGAGCCAGAACAGCAUCGCGCUGCAAUUUGCCCACUGUCACCUGAGCAGCUCAGGUAGAGAUUUCCCAUCAUGCCCUGAGGGCUCUGAAGUGAGCAGAUGUACAGGUGGGAUGGAUGCGGUGGCCUUCAACACCUACACAGAGUUCUUCACCCACACUCAUUCCAUCUGCCACUUCCUGCAGUCUGAGGCCUGGCAGCGCCGUGCCGAGACCACCAUGUACAGGCUGACGGAUACCUCAGCAGGUGUUGUGGAGCAGCUUCAGUCCACCAGGGAGAUGGCUGAGGACCUGAUUGAAGCCCAGAGUGCUGCCUUACAGGUGCAGCAGGAGAUCCUGACCAAUGGAGAGGAACUGAGGACCACCCUGAGAGACUCGACACAGGGUCUGCGCUCCCUCUUCUCAGAGCUCAGCAGUGUGUCUCAGCACCAGCAGGUGGCGCUGUCUGAACUCUUCAACAGAGUUUCCUUCCUGCAGAGUUUCCUGCUGAUGGAGGCUCACAGUCUGAGUUCCUGCUGCUACAACGCUGCAGCUCUAUGCUGCACCUUCCUGCUCACCUGCACGCAGCGCACCUGCAGAGCCAGGUUACCACUGUUGUCGUUGGUGUGUUUGAACUUCUACCUGGAGAAGAAGAUCUACCAGUAUGUGAUGAACCAACCUGAGCACCAACACCUGGAGCUUCUCUCUGUCUACCUGGGCAUCCUGCGGCGCUUCAUGCUGGCCGUGGCAGCGUCCGUCCUGCUGGUGGCGUACGUCCGCUACACCGACCCGCUGCAGGAGAGUCUGCGGCUGCUGCAGCAGCUGCAGGAGACACAGAGCAGCCUGCAGGAGGCGCUGCAGCGUGCAGAGAGUUUGUAUCAGGAACAGAAGUCAGAGGACAGAUGGCUGCAGGUGAAGAAAUCAAAGCUCCACAGGACAGUGGAGGAGCGAAGAGAAGAAGAGGAGGAAGAGGAGGAGGAGUCGUCUCCACACACAGACAGCUCUCACCUGUCUCACCUGUCUCACUCAGGUUCUAGCGUGGUUCAGAGCAGAACAUUAAAGUCCUCUCCUCUGGUCUACAGCAUCCUGGUGGAGGAACUCCAGCCUCGUUACCGUCUGAGGAGCAGGAAGUCAGAAAGUCGCCCAUGAAGGAAACUUUGAUCUUCUGCUGUUGAAUCCUGUACUAUUUUAAACUCUAUUUUAAAAGUCAAUAAACCAGUUUUAAAAUGAGAA